UGUAGAAUGAUGUAUGGGAGUUUGAGGAUUGUAAAGAAUAUCGGGAACUUGCGUAUUAAGAAGGUAAGAGAUAGUGAUAAAGGGGAUAUCGUGGAUUGUGGGAAAUUAAGGGAAUAUUGUGACUUGAGCAAAUGUAUUGAGCAAAUGUAUUGUGUAUUGAGCAAAUGUAUGAUAUCAGUGAUUGGAAGAAAAAGAGAGAAAUAAAGAAGAGUUAAUAUAAAGACUAUUUUGGGAACUUGCGAGUGAGAGUGUUAAAGAGAAUAUCGGUACUUAGAAUUGAUAUCGGGGGAUUUAUAUUAAAAACAUAAGUUCUGUACAUAUAUGGAGGAUUUGAGAUAAAAAGUGGAAUAUAUAGUCUUUUAGUUACAAACAUGAUAAAUUCAGAUUUAAUGAGGGGAUUUUUGGGAUUACAAACAUUAAGACGGAUAUUGGGGAGCACACGGGAUUUUGAGUAUUUGGGGUAUAGUAAUAUGUAUUUAGGAAAUACAAGAACAGCUAUUAGUGAUUGUAAGUGUCUCAUGAGUGAUUGGGGAAUAUCAAUAGUUUUUUGGGCUUAAGAUUGAUAUUGAGGGAUGUGGAUUAAGAUAUGACUUUGGGGGUAUUGGGAAAAUAGUAGUAUCAAAGGAUAAUAAAGAUAUCGGGGAUUAGGGUAAUUAAGAAGGCUUUCGAGGAUUAGAGUGAUACGCAACACAAAAAUAAGAAAAAUGAGUGAAAACCUAUGAAACCUAAUCAUCGGAGACUAAGGGAUUAAGAGGCAAAUAAUGGGAGUUAUUGCUUUACUUUUUGGCUCGGGGAUAUUAUGGGUUUCAGGAUAAAGUGUGAUAUCAAAUGUUUUGAUGUGAAAAAGGGGUAUUUUCUUUGAAAAUAAAGUUUGGAAGGUGAAAUUUGUGAAAUUAAGGGCAUCGGAGAAGUAAUUAACAGGCAUAUUUUGUGUUUUGAGAGGAUUAGUGAAUCGGAGACUUUGGGAGUGAUUAAGCGGUAUAGCAGAUAAGGGGUGAUAGUAAAGAAUGAUUUAGAGCGUUUGGAAGGUGGCGGAGUUGAAUUAGAGGAAUGAAGCGAGAUAUCGUGGGCAUGGCGAAUUAAAUGUGAGGGCUAGAGUAGUCUAACUGAAGGGUUGGCAAAGGGUGAUAUAAAAGAUUUGGUGGUGUUUAAGUGAGAUAUCAGAUGAUUUGGAGAAAAAGGAUUUUGGUGAAAAAGGGCGAUAUUUAGGAUUUGGGUUGAUUAAGAGAGAUGAAAGAGGAUUUGGGGACUUUUGGUUAAUAUCUAGGUUUGUGAGAUACAUGGUGAUAACUGGGAAGUAUUAAAAGGGAUUUCGUAUGGUGAUAUAACAGGGGGUUUGGGGUGAUUAAGAGGGAUAUCAUAGGAUUUCGGGGCUAAGGGGUAAUAUCUGAGAUUUUGGGGUGCAAAGUAGAAAUAUAGAUGUUUUCGGCCUAAAGGGUAAUAUCUGAGUUUUUGUUGAUAAAUGGUGAUAUCUGUGAUUUGGGGCAUGGUUAAGAGAGAUAUCAGAACAUUGGGGAGGGGAUUAACAGGAUGGUGGUUAAGAGGGAUAUUGCAAAUUUUUAAAAAUAAAGGGUGUUUGCUGUGAUGUGUGAUUAGGAGAUAUUUCAUAAGAUUAGAAUCUAAUAGGUCAUUCUGGGAUUUUGGGGUGAUUAUGAGGCAUUUUAGAGGAUUGAUGGUGAUUAAUUGGUGGUGAUUAAGAGAGUUGUGAUUAAGAGAAUGGAAGCAAAGAGGGAUAUCGGAGGAUUUUGGAGAUAAAGAGGGAUAUCUAUGAUUUG